AACAAUAAGACGAGAUCCUAUCCCGCGAGGUCAGGGUGAAAUGUCCAAACAGAGCUACAGGUUUUGCUGUAACUCAACAUUUUCAUUUCUAAAACUCUCUACUGCAUAAUUCUUCCAAUUGCUAAUACGAUCCCAUUCCAAUUAGAUCUAGGGUUUAUCUUUCUCUGUAGUUCGCCACCUCUCGCCGGAAACUAUAACAGAAUUUCCGGCGCCGGCUUCAAGGAUCUCGCACUGGUGUCUUAUACUCUAGCAAAAUGCACUCCAAAUCGGCGCAGUCAUCGUUUCGGGAUCGGACGCUUGAAUUUCAUAGCAUUGCGGAGAGGUUGAAGAAGUCGGGAUCAGCGCCGAAUGGACAAAGCAGCAAUUUAUUGGAGGAGCAGCGAUCCGCAAUUACAAAUCAAUCAGAGUUCAACAGAAGAGCUUCCAAGAUUGGCUUCGGGAUUCACCAAACGUCUCAGAAGCUCGCCAAGCUUGCCAAGUUGGCUAAGAGGACCUCGGUUUUCGAUGACCCUACCAUGGAAAUCCAAGAGCUUACGGGGGUAAUUAAGCAAGAUAUCACUGCGUUAAACUCUGCGGUUGUGGAUCUUCAAUUGCUUUGCAAUUCAAGGAACACGAGUGGGAACGCUUCCACCGACACCACUAUGCAUUCAACAACGGUGGUUGAUGACCUCAAGACGCGGCUGAUGGGCGCCACUAAAGAGUUUAAAGAUGUUCUCACCAUGCGAACUGAGAAUUUGAAAGGGCACGAGAAUAGAAGACAGCUGUUUUCGGCCUCUGGUUCUAAGGAUUCUGCAAAUCCUUUUGUCCGGCAACGGCCGUUGGCCACCAGAUCGGCUGCUAGUAGUUCUAAUGCCCCUGCUCCACCAUGGGCCAGUGGGUCAUCUUCAUCUCAGUUGUUUGCUAAAAAACAGGUUGAUGGGGAGGGUCAACCGUUGCUGCAACAGCAGCAACAAGAGGUAGCCCCAUUGCAAGAUAGCUACAUGCAAAGCAGAGCUGAAGCUCUUCAGAAUGUUGAGUCCACUAUUCACGAGCUUAGCAACAUCUUUAAUCAACUAGCAACACUUGUUUCCCAACAGGGAGAAGUUGCCAUCAGGAUUGAUGAAAACAUGGAUGAUACAUUGGCAAACGUAGAGGGGGCUCAAGGGGCUUUAUUAAAUAAUCCCGAUGACAGAGAAAUGAAAACGAGGACACAAAUGACGCCUUUCUUACUGGUGAUAAGCGUUUUGUAUUUCAUUAAUAUUUCUUUCUCCAAAUCUAUAUUCAUUCCGGCAGAUUUUAGCGUAGGACCAAGUUUGUCAAAUGUUAUACUUGUACGUAUCGAGGUUGAGUACUGGGUGCAUUGCAUAUUGUCCAUUUAUCUUUCUGUGACGGAUGGUUUUUAUCUAAUGGAGACUUCCUGUCACAUUUGUCCAUAUAUUUAUAUUACCAGCAAAGAGAAUCAGUAACUUGAUAAUGUCUCCGUGAGAUCACAGCAAAGAUUCUGUAAAAUCAGCUUGUAUUGAUUGCUAUAUGUUGAAUAAUAGAAAAUAACAUAUCUUGCAAUUUCUUUUA